GUCUUCCCGCCCACCGCGGAUCUACUCCGCCUGCCUGCUGGGCGGACCUGGGCCGAACCGAGCCGUGCAGUUCCGUGUUGUGCGCGCUUAAGGCAGAGCGCGGCGGUGUCAUCACACGCGGACAUCCGGGCACGGCGUGCGCGCGGAAAGUGUGACGGAGACUGGCGUUGAGUUGGAGGUCAAAGGUGAAAGUUGAAAAAGAGUUCAUCGCAGCCAUGAAGGACAUGUCGGAGUCGUGCGCUGACCUCUGACCCCUCAUGGGGCGGGUCAGGGAGGUCAACGAGCCGUCGGGACAGUCUGGGAAUCUGUGGAAUCCGGGCCAGGGUAGACUGGGACUUUUCACGUGACCAGCGGCGCGCGGAACAUGGAGCAGGACUUCACACAGUCGACCUCUGACCUCUGAUAAGUCACUAAAUCACAACAAAAAGACACCGGCAGGUGAGCUUUGCAAGAUGGCCGCCGCAGGAAGGACGCACCUGGUGAGAGACUUUAACCGUUUCAUCACGUGUUGCCUGUGUCGAGGUUACCUCAUCAAACCCACCACCGUCACUGAGUGCCUGCACACCUUCUGUAAGAGUUGUAUCGUGCAGCACUUUGAGGAGAGCAACGACUGUCCCAAAUGUGGCAUUCAGGUGCACGAGACAAACCCCCUGGACAUGCUCAGGUUGGACAACACUUUGGAGGAAAUCAUUUUCAAGCUGGUUCCAGGACUGCGAGAGAAGGAGGAAGAGCAAGAACUGGAGUUCUGGAGGACGAGUCAGCGCAAUGAAAACCUCCAAGCUGAUAGCUUUGUAAGGGUGGGGCUUCCUGGCGGUGAUGGCGGGGACGGCGGGGAUGAGGACUACCACAGGAGUGACCCUCAGAUUGCCAUCUGUUUGGACUGCCUCCGCAACACCGCCCAGACCGGCGAGAGCACCGUCACGGAUCUGAUGAAGAGAUUCAUUCGCUGCUCCAGUCGCGUCACCGUGGGAACCAUCAAGAAGUUCCUCAGCCUCAAACUCAAACUGCCAAGCUCCUACGAGCUGGACGUGUUGUGUAACGGCGAGAUCAUGGGCCGCGAUCACACGCUGGAGUUCAUCUACAUGACGCGGUGGAGGCUGCACGCCGAGAACACGUAUCCCAUGGUCCUUGAGUACAGACCACGCAUCGACUUUGGCUGAACACACACACACACACACACACACACACACACACACACACACACACACUCGCACACAGGGUGUUCCGAUGAAGACAAUAUUUUUGUAGAGUGAGCGUUAACAUGUUUAAGAGUUUUUAUGCCACAUAGAAUAAUAAUAAUAAUAUAUGAAGACAUGUUCUUGUCUAACCUGACAUUAAAUGUUUUUACCGUC